AUGAUAGGUGUUAAUCAUGUCUGUGAAAUAUUUGUGGAAUUUGCGGGAGGUCUAAGUGCGUUUACAGUAGAUAAGAGAAGGCGAUUGAAAAUUGAAAUUCAAACGGAAUCUGUUACUGUAUCUCAGCUAGUGGCGUAUCUGCGCAAAGCUGCCUUCGCUGCAAAGAGGGACCUUUUCGCGUAUCCGCCUAAAUUGGAGGCUAUCAGGUGUUCGGAAGUUGAGGUCCGUGGGGAUUUGCCAGGUGUUUUUAAUAUGGGUGAAACUUCCGAUGUCAUACCCGGUGUUAUUGUGCUAAUAGAUGAUACGGAUUUAGAACUACUUGGUGGCAGUGGUCAUAAAUUAAAGGGAAAACGCGAUGUUUCAUUUAUUUCAUCUUUACAUGGAGGUUAA